GGUCCCAGUGCUGUUCUAUAUGGUGAAGCGCUGUACUAUCACUGCUACCGCUCUGCAGACGUCUGUCGCUAUGACCUGAAGAGCAACGCCGUCAAACGGGUGACACUUCCAGGCACCGGCGUGGGUUUCAACAACAAGUUCCCGUAUUGUUACUAUGACUGCCGUGCCAAUAGUGAUGUGGAUGUGGAGGCAGACGAGACGGGACUAUGGGCAAUCUAUGCCACUGUCGGUAACCAUGGUAAUCUAGUGGUGAGUCGGCUAGUUUGGGACAGUGAGGCCGAGACACUAAAUGUCUCCCAGACGUGGGAGACGAGGCUGUUCAAGAAGGCAGUGAGCAAUGCUUUCAUGGUGUGCGGUGUGCUAUAUGCCACUCGAUUUGUGGACGAAUAUCGCGAGGAGGUGUUCUACGCCUUCGACACAGCAACAGGCAAAGAGGACAACUCACUAGCACUGCCACUGGAGAAGGUAGCUAAAGGAGUGGCCAGCCUGAGCUAUAACCCCAUCAACAGACAGAUCUACAUGUACAACGAUGGAUAUCUGCUGGCCUACCAGGCCAACUUCUGAUCUGAAGUUAUUGUAAUGUAUUGCAUGUUAGCCAUGUUCACAUAGCACCUAACAACAAGAAAUAGCUUGAUCCAUGAAGUAUGCCAAUGUUAGCAGUCAGGUACUCCAUGUUGUUAGGAUUUGUAGGGCAUCACAAUGUUUGUAUGUUAUAACAUAUUAUACAUUAUUAUAUGUUUGUAAUGUAGUAACGCUGACUGUAAAAACUAAACGUUAAUAAAAA